AUGAUGCUCAACCCAGCGUGCACCAAGUCGCUCACAUUCCGUGAGUUCGUCAACGGGCCGAACGUCUCCAAUUCGACUGCGAUAUCGAACUCCGACAACUGGACCGGUGCACCAGCCGCGGAGGACUUUGGCUCCCUCGAUGGCAUCCCUUCAUCGACGGACGCCUUCACCGCCGCCGGCCCUGGGCACGGAGCCAACGGAGCCAUCGCGCACGCCCGCAUCGUGUGCGGCUCCGAGGCCGGCCGAGCGCGGGGCGGACAGGUGAAGCCAGAGCAGAAGCGGCGGCGGUGUGUGGGGUCCGCCGACCAGUUCGCCUAUGGGUGGCAGCCACCGCCGCGUCGGGAGCGGGGUUCUCGCUCCCUCGGCGAGCUGGUGGAGGCGGAAGACGCGGCCGCCUUCGCCCUCAUAUCCGACGCCCCCUCCCCCGCUGCCGCCGCCGGCGGCGGCGGCUAUGCCGAAGGCGGGGCGGCACCGCACGGGCGGCCGGCGGCGGAGAAGUCGGAGCUCGACCUCAAGGCGGACGCCGAGGCGCGCGCUGCCGCCGACUCGCUCCGCGAGGAGGCCGUCGAGGAGCUCGACCUCGAGUGGGACGAGUCGCGCCGCGCGAUGCUCAAGAUUCUGCAGGAGAUGUGCUCGCCUCGCCACCUCUCCUUCUCGCGGCCGUUCCUGUCGCCGAGCGAGGCUGCGGCGGCCUCGCCGCCGCUGCUCACGCUGCUGCACGUGCGCGACCGCUUGCUCGCCGGCGAGCUCGGCGACAUCUUCGCCUUUGCGUGCGCGGUCCGGCACGUCUUUGCCUCGUGCUACCUCGCGCACGGAAGCCCUCUCAACGGGGGCGCUGUCGCGAGAAAGCAGGUUCGCGCCCGCGCCUCCGCCGUCGACGCGGACUGCAUCGUGCUCGGGCUGCCGCCGCCUGCGCACUCGGACGGAGGCGGCGGCGACGAGGACGGCUGCGAUGCGGAGGGGAGACGCCGCUCCUCGCGCGCUCGCAUCGAGACGCAGCCGCCGAACACCCUCGCGCUUGCGCGGCAGCGCGCGGCGGCCGACGCGGAGCGGCGCGCGGUGCGCUCGUCCGCCGAUUGCGUCGCCGCCGGCCAGUUCCUUGCCUCGUUUGGCGACCACCUCGGCUUGCCGCCCUUCUGUUUGCCUGAGCUCGAGGUCGGCCUCGCAUGCCUGCCGCGCGUCUCUGCGUACCUGCUGCACGCGUGUGCCGCCCUCCUCCGCCUAGCGCGGCUGCCGCUCUCGCACAGCGUCGACGGCGAGAUCGAGCCGAGAUCGAGCCGAGAUCGAGCCGAGAUCGAGUUGAUCUCGAGAGAGGGCGCAGGCUCGCGCGCGGCGUCGGUCGAGGAGGUGCUGGCGGGCGCACUCUGCUACUGGGACGGGCAGAUGGCACUCGCACGGCGACUCGACGAGUCGGACGAGGCCAUCCCGGAGCAGCUCGAGCCGCGCGAGGGGCAGAGCGGGCUCGCCGGCGCGCUGCUACACGCCCUCUGCCACGCGGCGCUGCUCGAGCAGCGCUCCAUCGUCUCCGAGGCGGCGAGGCAGGAGGGCGCGAGUGCGGCGGCGCAGGGCGGGGGCCGCGCGCGCUUUCUCGGCCGCGACGCGGCGGGCGCGCACUAUUUCCACUUUUCUCCUCUCGAGGAGCGCGUCUACCGGCUGGUGCCCGAUCCGCGGGGCGAGGCGUCGGUGCUCGAGCGCGCGGCGGUCACCGAGGGGGAGCACAUCGAGGUGGAGGUGUUCAGCGAGCGCCAGUGCGGCAAGGAGUGGCGGCUGCCUCCUAAGGGGCGCGGCAAGGCGGCGGCUCAAAAGGGCGGCGCGGGCGGCGGCGCCAAGGCCAAGGCCGCCCCCCCGCCUCCAAAGCCUCCGCCCCCAGCCGGCCGACGAUCGGCGCGGGGGGAGGCGGCGGCGGCGGCGGCGGCGGAGGUUGUGGCGGCGGCGGAGGCGGCGGCGGCGGAGGCAGCGGCGGCGGAGGCGGCGGCAGAGACGGCGGCGGCGGCGGCGGACGCCUCGGGCGAUGGGGUGACUUUGCAGGCUCCGCCGGCUGCUUCGGCCGCCGGCCCUUCCUUCUCGCUGGUGGACGUGCCGGCGCUGCUCGCUCGGAUCGGGAAGCCCCCCGAGGGGAAGGCGGGCAGAGGGCGCGGCAAGGCGGCGCCCGGGCGCGACAAGCGCGACGACGCGCUCUACCUCGCACUCGAGCCGGCUGCGGCUGCCGCGCAGCGGUCCUGGUCGGGCGCGGCGCAGCGGCUCAAGAAGGAGGAGGAGGGAGGGGCGGACAGUGGCGCGGUCGUGCAGCUGGGGAGCGCGCGCGAGGUCGACACCUUCGAGAGGCGCAUGGUCGCUUGGCUCGAGGGGGCGCGCGACCGGGCGGAGGCCAUGGACAGCGAGGCGGCGGGCGAGUCGGCGAGCGCGGAUGGCGCUGGUGUCGGCGCGAAGAUCGCCGAGGCGGCGGCGACGAGGAUCAGCGGCUGCGGCGGCGAUGCGAGCCGAGAGAGCGAGCUCGACGCCGCGCUUUGA